CGGGCCUGGACGGGUGCCUGGCCGGGUCAGCCCAGGACUCGUUGUCCCGCGCGCAUGGCUGUGUGGGUCUUUGGGGGCCGUUUUGGCCUGCGCGGGCAUCUUGGCGCCUGCAGGCUGCUGUGUCUCCGUUUUCAGAGCCGCGGUCCUCAGGGCGAGGAAGACGGGGACAGGGGACAGUCAUCCUCGAAGGCACGCCGGCUCCCCAAGAUUUACACCAGGACGGGAGACAAAGGGUUUUCCAGCACCUUCACAGGAGAACGGAGACCUAAAGAUGACCAAGUAUUUGAGGCCGUGGGAACCACAGAUGAAUUAAGUUCGGCUAUUGGCUUUGCCAUGGAGUUGAUCACAGAAAAAGGCCACACAUUUGCCGAAGAGCUUCAGAAAAUCCAGUGCACGCUGCAGGAUGUCGGCUCCGCCCUGGCCACUCCACGUUCCUCAGCCAGGGAGGCUCACCUAAAACACACGGCCUUCGAGGAAGGGACUAUCACGGAGCUGGAACAGUGGAUUGACAAGUACUCCAGCCAGCUCCCCCCGCUCACGGCUUUCAUUCUGCCCUCUGGAGGCAAGAGCAGCUCGGCCCUGCACUUCUGCCGGGCUGUGUGCCGCCGAGCUGAGCGACGUGUGGUGCCUCUUGUCCAAACGGGAGAAACGGAUGCAAAUGUGGCGAAGUUCUUAAACAGACUCAGCGAUUACCUCUUCACCGUGGCCAGAUAUGCAGCCAUGAAGGAGGGCAGCCAAGAAAAAAUAUAUAAGAAACGUGACGUGUGAGACACUAAGAAAUGGUGGAGGGACCUUCACAGGCCCCUCCAGAGAGGCCACGGUAAACUAGGACAGUCAUGUUGACAGACUGGAAGCGGGCCCGAGGUACAGACUGUGUCACCUCACACCCCUGCCUUACCCCACGGGACCUCUGAGACUCUGCUGCCUUCCCCAGGCUCUGCUCGAGCUAUGGGCCUGAGUUCCGUACUGCAGGAGGAAAGGUAGACUGAAGGCUAUGAAGAGGAGGGGCCGCUCGGCCUUGGGAGUGAACGUGGGGAAGGUUUGAACCUUGCACUCGGGGUGUGUGUGUGUGUGUGUGUGUGUGUGUGUGUGUGUGUGUGUGUGUGUGUUAAGUGUAAGACAGAAAGAUGCUGCUGCCAACUCAGGCUGUUCAAGGAUUUGGAGUGUAACAGAGGCCCCUGGAAAUGUAAUUAUGAUUUACCUGUGCCAACGGGGCUUUAAAUGUCACAUUUAUAGAGGGGAAGGCAGGCAGGCUUGAGGAGGUUAGUCACCUCUGAGCCGCCCAUCACUGCCACCGUGUAGGGAAUGACAGCUGCAGGUCCGCAGGGGUGCACGUGGAGAAUCCUCUCCAGCAGGGCAGGAGGUGGGCAGCCCUCCCCACCGAGGCAAUGGUGGAAAUGAGGUCUUGAGGCCAACACUGAGCCCUCCAAUGUCGCCCUUGACUGGUUUAUGCUCCUGCGAUCCACACCACGGCUGUGUUUUAUUCCAGCUGUCACCGCUGCUGCUUCUCACUGUGAAAUGACAUCGCUGGUGGCAGCUGUGUCCUUGGGAAGAGGGAUAUUCAUGAAAGGCUGGAGGCAGAGAACCUAAGGCUCCCACGCCUUGGGGCGGGUAGUGACUGAGGAAGCACAGGUCCAGGAGGGACACCUGAGGACCCAGCUCAGGGAUCUCCUCACUGCACCUGUUAGGUGUGCCUUCCAUGCCAGGUGUGGGCGGACUGGCCCCUGUAUGGCUUCCCUGUUGCUCAGUCAGCAAGCAUUGGUUUCAGCUGCGUCCCCUCCCCACCUUCCUGCCGACGUUUCAGCCGGGCAGCUACCUGUGUAUCUUCUGAAUCCUUUAAAGGGUAGAUGCCCAGGAGGGAGGAGUACCCCCCAGGAGGCAACCCUGUCCAGUGCCACUGCAGCCACCAUAGUGAGGCACCUAGUGGAUACGGAGUUGGUGCACAAGCUCACGGUGCUUAAGCAUCAUGCUGUUCUGGGCCUAGCCAGGGAAGCCAUGUUCCCAGAGCUUGUAGCAGCCCCUCCACCCUGCCUACAGCCACAGGUCCUCCUGAAAAGACAGGAUGGAUUCAAGAAAAUAGCAAUCUCUACCCAAGCCUAUGCCCUGACUGCUUUCAACACCCACCCCACCCCCCACCCCCCACCCCCGCCAGGGUUUGGGGUGGCUCUCACAGGGUAUAUCACACAUUCAGGCUCUAGGCAUUGCCUAGCCUCAUGCACACCACCCACAGUCCUCACGGGGCAAUCCCACUGCACGCUAACACAGCUGCAGAACUGUUUUUCUAAAUUGUACCCAUUUAUCAUUGGUAUCUCUCCCUUUUUGCAUAAUUCAACCCUUGACAAUAUCGCGGAAAAGCUCCCUAUCUUUUUAAAAUUUUUGUAAAUAGCAGUUUUAUUGGGAUACAGUCCCACCUCCCAUAAAAUGCGUUUUAAAAUGGAGACAGUUCAGUGGAUUUUAGGAUAUUGCCCAGUUUCUGCCACCCCAUAACUCACACCCAGGAAGAUGCCCCGUAGUUCAGGACAGGCUCAUCAGAACAGUUCACCAUCGUUACCAGAGAUGAGUCCUCAGCCGUGGUGCCUGUCAGUGCUACAGAAGGGCCCCAGCCACAUGUUCACACUGGACCGCCAGCGUUGGGAGCAGGAGUUCACGUUUCUGCAGGAAAGGAAACUGAGGCUCAGAACUGGCCUAGGCUGUGGUCUCAUGACACCCCCCCGCCAGGCUUACCCCACAGUCAUUUAAUCACAGCCUGGGCCGUGGCAAGCAAUGUCAGGCACUGAUAGAUCUAUCCGCUGUCGCAUUCCUCAGCCGCAUUUCCCUUAACUGAUGUUUCACGGCUACUGUUAAUGUGCAUUUUCACUGAGUAAUUUCCAGAGCCUGAACUUGUAGCACAUCCCAAUGAUGAACGUCCCCAGUUCUGAGUCCCCUGUCAACUGCAAUGUCACCCUUACCUCCUCCCCAGCACCUCCCGACAGCCCAUCCAGUUUUAUGAGCCCUCCGUCCCAGUGAUCACGGCUGAACCUUUAAGAAUCCAGACGCAUUUCAAGUUUAAUUGAAUAAAAUUCUUUGUAUAAUAAAUUCCGCAUGAAUGCUACAUAAAUCAA